CAGGCUCGUGCCGUCAAGCGGCUGCUGGCGCACCGGCUACCCGCGUACGACGCGGGGGCGGCCAAACAGGAGUGGUACGCCAUCGUUGAGGGCGACCACGCGCUGUGGCGGGGCGUGUCGGAUCCGUACAAACACACCAUCCGGGCGUUCCUUGUUCAGUUCCACACGUCCAUCCUGGCGCACAACUCGGGGGAAAGGUUCAGCUUUAAGAACGGCAGCGUGGGUAAUUUUUUCUUCGCCGGCGCCCGCAUCUUCUUCCGCUCCCUGGAGGCGGCCAUCUUCCUGUUCUCCCGCGUCGCCCGACUGCCCGAGGGCUCCCACGUGCUGCCCGCCAUUGCCACCGAGCAGCGAAUUACACUGGGCGCCGAGCUGGAGGAUGGCAGUGUGCUGCGGGGCCAGAACCAGAUCAGUCACCCGCCCCCGCCUGACGAGGGUAAGGUGGUGGGGAGGGGGAGUUUGGCGUGCUUGCAGUCCCCGGUCUGGCAGCAGCAGCAACAACAGCAGCAGCAGCAGCAGCAGGGGGAGCAUGAGGUUUUUCCGUCGGCUAAUCCACGGGUGCUGCAGGUAUGUGUUUGUUCGUGCGUAUAUCUGUGUGCGUGUGUUUUAAAAGUUAAAAAACACACGACGGUGUGUGUAUGUGGGAUGGGAGAGGCCAUAGCGGCGAGGAAUGUGCCCAAGGUAAUGAUGCUCAACGGCAGCCAUGAUCGAGAGACCUCGGGUAUUUUUCUGCCUGCCUGGGGCCACGUACAGGCAUGCGACGCGCUCAACCGCCGCCGUACACGUCGUCCUGGCGGCAGGCUGCGUCACCCGCCAAACGCCUACAUCACCGGCUUGCUCGUCCCACGUGGCGGCGCCAUCCGCGUGGAUCCCGCCGCACUGGCGCUACUUGGUGUACGGCACAUACUGGAGGUGGAUUCGUACAUGGACGAUCAGGGUCGUGCCAAUUUCGAGCCCGGAGCGCUCGUGGCGCGUGUGGAUGAGAUCCUGAGGUUGCACUGGGAAACAGCGGCUGCGGAGGCCGCCGCUGCGGUGGCGGGUACUGCUGGCGGCAGCGGCAGCGGCAGCAGCAGCGGCGGCGGCCCUAGGUCCAGUGUGCAACUUAGUACGAACGGACCGUCGCAGCAUCAGCAUCAGCAUCAGCAGCCAUUGGAGGUUAUCGUAGCUGGGUUUGUGGCGGAGGACGGGGCGGAGGACGAGCAGGUGGCCCUGGCGGCGGGUGGCCCUGAGGGGGGGGAGAGUUGGCAGGGCAGCGGGCGCGGGUGCGGGUGA